ACCACCAUGGCAAUGCCAUAAACUAUUAUCUUAUUGAACCUCAACUUACCAAGGCCCCUCGGCCCAAGACCUUCAUCCAAAUCCCCAUAUAUAGGAGCCCCGGCCAACCAAGAUGCGUAAGGUGUUUAAGAAAGCAUUCCAAGACUUGCAAGACACAGUUCGUGGGAAUGAUGAACCUGUGAGUAUGUUUGCUGUAUUUUCUUCUUUGAAUCCCUCAGCCUUGUGCCCACUUGUCGACAUCAGGUCCUGGAGACUUCGAUAUAUCGACUUCAGCUUCUAAAAUGUCACAAUGGGGACCCUUGUUCCUUCUACAAUCACGGUUGUGACGCAUCGGCCCUUCCCGUCGAACCUUGUCUAGAGUGGGCAGGAACAGGUAAACGCCUCUCCAGAAGACUGUCUCGUCUCAGGAUCUGAGUGCCUGUCUUCCAUGCCAGGCUCCUCUCUCAUUCUUCCUCAUUGUAUUCUUAUUUAAACCUCAGCCCGCCUGACAUAACAUAUCACAAUCUCAAGCUCGAGCGCAGCCUCCCCCCCCACAAGGCUUCAUGUCAUGGCAGCCUGCAGCUCGACCCACCGCCAAAGAUAUCCUGAGAUAUCGAUACCAGCAUGGUACCAACCUCGGUAGUAUCUUCAUCCUCGAGCAGUGGCUCUUUGGUGGCAUGUACGAUGCCGAGGUCUCCUCCAGUAGUGAACAUGAUGCCAUUAUAGCUUCAUUGAACAAGCGUGGACUGCAAGCCACCAGAGAAAAGUUUGAAACGCACUGGCGAAAUGCCCUCAGCGAAGACGACCUGAACUACCUGGUCGAAUCUGCUCACUGCAACAAUAUUCGCCUGCCCAUCGGCUACUUUACUCUCGGUCCCAAUUUCUGCAACAACACUCGAUUCGCAGGCGAACCAGCCCAAGUCUACGUCAACGCCUGGUCAAUCGCCAAAAAUCUGAUCGCUCGUUGCUUUUCUCGAGGCAUUGGAGUCAUCAUCGAUCUUCACGGCGUCCCUGGUGGAGCCAACCACGAAGGUCACUCGGGCACGUCCAGUGGGAAGGCCGAACUAUGGGGUAACCCGGUUUACCUGGGUCUAGCCACCCGUUGUAUUCAAUUCAUCGCCGAUGAAACUAUUCGUGAUCCUCAACUCCAACAUGCCGUGGUAGGCAUCCAAAUCGUCAACGAGUCCAUCAUCGAUCCUCCUGGCAUGUACGAAUGGUACAACGAUGUCAUCCAACGCGUCUCUGCAAUGGACUACACGCUGCCGAUAUACAUCAGUGAUGGCUGGGAUUUGAGCCGCGCAACUGGCUUCACAAGAGCCUACAACACCACCACAGCAGGGCCUCCGAAAACCCCAGUCUUUGUGGAUUGUCACAAAUAUUGGACCUUUGAUGAAAAAGACACUUCUCGCUCUCCAUACCAGAUCAUCGAACAAGUCAAACACGAGCUUCCCGAACUCGACUCUAGCUUUGUUGGAGAUGUUUUCAAUCAUGGAGCUGCCGUGGCUGUCUACAUCGGUGAAUACUCACUCGCCCUGGCUCCUCAAACGUGGUCCCGCAGCCCUGAGGAUCAAAAGGAUAACCUGAUGCGAGAAUUUGGAACUAGCCAGUCCCGUACGUGGCAGAACAAGGCCUCCGGAUCAGCUUUCUGGACAUACAAGAUGGAAUGGAUGCCGGGUUGGGAAUGGGGGUUCAAGUAUGCCACCGAGAACAACUUUGUCAUUCCUCCCGCAGCAUUCAACUUUAGCAUCAAGCAAAUUCGAGACAAGUUGCAGCAAGCCGACCUUAUGCGAAGCGAGAAGCUGCAAGGGAACCUCCUGGGGCAUUCCAACUGGUGGGACUCACAGAACCCGGGCAAGAUGUUUGAGCACUGGAGAUAUGCUAAUGGCUUUGACCUGGGCUGGAAUGAUGCACGAGAGUUUUUCAGCGCCAGGUUAAACGGAGUGGUGCCCAGUGCGGUUCCGGCGGCGGAAUUGCAAACGUUCCACAGCAUGAGCAGCGGAGGGGGCGGAGUGGGCUUCGACGGGGCCUCGGUUUCCAGCCCUGGGGGUCCGGGGCAAGGUCAAGUGGACGAGAACACGGUGAUUGGAGCGGACCUGUUGGGAGGGGGGUUGGAACUGUGGAUUCUCAAACGUAUGAGGGAGGAACGAUUGACAGACAGAAAUGCCACACCGUUUGGCUGGGAGUGGGAACAUGGGUUUCGACAAGGGGUUCGUGAAUUCCAAGCAGUUGUGGGUGCUUGAGGCUGGGAGUCAUUGACCUGAUGGGGAUGUGUGGCCUGUGUGAAUCAAUGUUGAUGAUUGUACACUUGUGUGAUCCUUGGAGCGUCGUUGAGCAUCUUUCCCUCCCUCGGCGCCAUGCAUGAUUAGAGUAUAGCGUUAGUGAGACGGCGGGGGAGAUUGGUUCAAGUAUUGAUUCUUUUGAAAUA